ACAUGCUCUUCCGCUUAUAUCUUCCGAUGAACGUCGGAGGAGCCAAACCUUACCGUCGCGUAAUCUCGUCACUGUCUUCCAUUUUUCAGUCGAAUAUACAAAGAAGCAAACUUGAAGCUCAGGUAUGCCGAGAAUGCAAGACUGGUCAACUAAAGCUUGAAGAUGCUCUGUUCUACUUCGAUAGACUUCUAAAGACAGAACCUAUACCUUUGAUCCAUACUUUUAAUCACGUGUUCGGUUCAAUCAUGAAGCUCCAAGGAUCUAAGGAAGUGGUUUCGCUGUAUAAAAGGAUGAGACAAGAGGAGGGUGUUGAGCCUGAUUUGUGUACUUUGAAUAUUCUGAUUAAUGUGUUUCGCCAUUUGAAGCGAUAUGAUUGUGGUUUUUGUGUUCUGAGUGAUAUUUUAAAGAGAGGGUUUGAGCCUGAUUUGGUUACAGCUGAUGGUUUGGUGCUUGGUUUGUGUUCUCAAGGGAGAGUGAUUGAUGCACUUAAAGUGUUUGAUAAAAUGUCUCACAGAGGUGUUAAGAGUGAUGUUUCUCUCUAUGCAAAUCUUAUUCAAAAGCUCUGUGAGAUCGGCGAGACGGGUAUGGCUCUUGAUUUGCAUACGAGGAUGAUUGCUUCGGGUUGUAAGAGUGACCGCGUUAUUUACACUUUGAUGAUCAGCUCCUUCAUUAGAAACAGGUCACUCGACGAAGCUAUGGCAGUAUUUAGGGAGAUGGCUGAGAAUGGUGUUUCUCCUGAUAUUAAUGUUUUUCGGGUGAUGAUUUAUGGAUUGAGUAGCGCAAGGCGGUUUAACGAGGCGCUCAGAUACUUUGAUGAGAUGAUUGCUCAAGGGAUCUCUCCUGAUCUGGGGAUUUAUAACUCUUUCAUUUAUGGAUUAUGCAAAGCGGGAUUGUGGGAAGAUGUUACAGAGAUGAUCAAGGAAAUGGUGAGCAAAGGGGUAUCACCGGAUGUUUACACUUAUACCAUUUUGAUAGAUCGUUUUUGCAAAGUCAAUAAGCUGAAUGAAGCGAUUGAUAUGUAUGACUCGAUGGUGAGUCGAGGUCCAGCGCCCAACGUAGAAACAUAUAACUCUUUGCUGGAUGGUCUAUUAAAAGGGUGUAGGCUUACAGACGCAACUGAAUUGUUCAAAUUGAUGAGGCAUGGAGACAUUAAGCUUGAUGUUGUUACUUACAACAUAAUGAUCAGUGGCUAUUGCAAGAACGGAAAAAUUGAGGAAGCUGUCCAGCUUAUAAGAGAAAUGAAUUGUGAAGGGUUGAAACCAGAUAAUUAUACUUACUCAGCAUUAAUCCUCAUUGUUAACCAAGCUGGAGACUCCGAAGUUGCCAAGGAAGUCAUCGAUGCAAUAUGCAAGUCUGAUUGCCCUCCAAGCGUACGUCAGUACCGUGCUUUAAUUACUGGUCUGAUUAAAAAAGAAAAUUUAGAAGAAGCAAGAAGACUAUUUGAUAGAUUCUUGAACAAAGGCUUGGUACCAGAUGCUGCAUCAUACAACACUAUGGUCAAUGGCUAUUUCAAGUACGGCAAACUGAAGGAAGGCAUGGAGCUCAUGAGACGAAUGGAACGUGAGGGGAUGAGACUGUACGAUUCUACAUGCACGACGCUAAUACAUGGUUUAAGCGAGGCCGGAAAUUGUGAUGUUGCACAAGAGAUCUUUGAUGCAAUUGGUCCUACUCCAUCCAUAAUCCAAUUCAAUGCUCUCAUUGAUGGUAUGAUGAAAAAUGGAAAAUCAGGUGAUGCAAAGAGACUUUUUGAUGAGAUCUCGGAUAAGGGUUUGGUGCCUGAUGCUAUUACGUAUAAUAUAAUGAUUGGUGGCUAUUGCAAGAAUGGGAAACUACAGGAAGCCAAUGAGAUUUUAAGACAAAUGAAAUGUGAGGGGCUGAAACCAGACAAUUAUACCUACACUUCACUAAUACACGCUUCCUGUCUAGCUGGGGACUUAGAUGUCGCGCAAGGAAUCUUCAAUGCAAUAUGCAAGUCUGGUCAAUCUCCCGACAUAUUUCACUUCAAUGCUCUCAUCAGUGGUCUGAUAAAAAAUGGGAAACUGGAGGACGCAAGGAGGCUCUUUGGUGAAAUCCCCAACAUGGGAUUGGUUGUAGAUAUCGUAACAUACAAUAUAAUUAUCGAUGCCCUUUGCAAACAUAAGAUGCUAUCAGAAGCAAGAGCAUUGUUCUUUGAAUUAGAACCAAAAGGUUGUUCACCUGAUUCUGUUACGUUCAACAUUAUUAUAUCCGGCUUACUUGAAGAGAACAUGGUUAAAGAUGCGGUUCUGCUUCUUGAGGGAAUGCUCAAUAGGAAAUUUACCCCAAAUUAUGGGGUUAAAUGCAGGGUGCGUCAAGUUCUUGCUCGUGCUGAUGGAUUUAAAACACUUCAGCCACUUCUAGACACUUAUGGAAAGAACAUUUUCGAGUGAAAUCAAUGUAAUCAUAUAUGGCACUGACCUGAGGAUUUAUUGCAAUCAUCUGACCUCCAAUGUAAUUGUAGAACAUUUUCGAGUGAAAUCAAUGUAAUCGUAGAUGGUAUUGACCUGAA